GCGGCGGCGCCAUGAGCGGCACCCUGGCGAAGAUCGCGGAGAUAGAGGCCGAGAUGGCGCGCACGCAGAAGAACAAGGCCACGGCGCAUCACCUGGGGCUGCUCAAGGCCCGCCUGGCCAAGCUGCGCCGCGAGCUCAUCACCCCCAAGGGCGGCGGCGGCGGCGGCCCCGGCGAAGGUUUUGACGUUGCGAAGACAGGCGAUGCCCGCAUUGGGUUUGUGGGGUUUCCAUCGGUGGGGAAGUCCACUCUCCUAAGCAAUCUGGCCGGCGUGUACUCCGAGGUGGCGGCCUACGAGUUCACCACGCUGACAACCGUGCCCGGCGUCAUUAGGUACAAGGGAGCGAAGAUACAGCUUCUUGAUCUCCCAGGAAUAAUUGAAGGCGCCAAGGAUGGGAAAGGCAGAGGACGACAAGUCAUUGCAGUUGCCCGAACCUGUAACCUCAUUCUAAUUGUUCUGGAUGUGUUGAAACCGCUUGGGCACAAGAAAAUUAUUGAGAAUGAACUGGAGGGAUUUGGGAUACGCCUGAAUAGUAAGCCCCCCAAUAUUGGCUUCAAAAAAAAGGAUAAAGGUGGCAUUAACCUUACUGCCACGUGCCCUCAGAGUGAGCUGGAUACCGAAACAGUGAAGAGCAUCUUGGCAGAGUAUAAAAUUCACAACGCCGACGUGACGCUGCGCAGCGACGCCACCGCCGACGACCUCAUUGAUGUGGUUGAAGGAAACAGGGUUUAUAUCCCAUGCAUUUAUGUGCUGAAUAAAAUUGACCAGAUUUCCAUCGAGGAACUGGAUAUCAUUUACAAGGUACCCCAUUGCGUCCCAAUAUCUGCUCAUCAUCGCUGGAACUUUGAUGAUUUGCUAGAGAAGAUUUGGGACUACUUGAAGCUCGUACGAAUCUACACCAAACCUAAAGGGCAGCUUCCAGACUACACCUCUCCUGUAGUACUACCUUACUGCAAGACUACCGUAGAGGAUUUUUGCAUGAAGAUCCACAAAAAUCUCAUUAAAGACUUCAAAUAUGCACUGGUCUGGGGUUCAUCUGUUAAACACAACCCUCAGAAAGUUGGCAAAGAUCAUACUCUUGAGGAUGAAGAUGUCAUUCAGAUUGUGAAGAAAUAAAGUUGUUCUCACAAAUA